AACCUGGCAAAAUAAUUUUCCAUCUCCGUUUUGGCAUUCUCUCUCUCAUAAAAAAUUAUAUUCAUAAUAAUUUCUCUGUCUUUCUCUCUCUCCAUAGACUAGACUAGUCUGCAGGUGGUUCCGAAAGCGAGGGCCGUUAUUUGAUCAUAUCCCCAAAAAAGAGUACGGGCAGUGGUAGUAGGAAAUAGACAAAUAUGGCCAAUGCUGCAGAUGUUGCUGAGAGGGCCACUAGUGAUCUGCUGAUUGGUCCAGACUGGGGAGUGAAUUUAGAGCUAUGCGACAUAAUAAACUCAGAUCCUGGGCAAGCGAAAGAUACGCUGAAGAUACUCAAGAAAAAAUUGGGGAAUAAAAACCCUCAAAUACAGCUCCUUGCAUUAUUUGUGCUAGAGACUCUUAGCAAAAAUUGUGGGGAGAAUGUGUUUCAGCAGAUUGUUGAACGAGAGAUUUUACAUGAGAUGGUCAAAAUUGUAAAGAAGAAGCCGGAUUUAAAUGUAAGGGAGAAGAUUUUGAUAUUGAUAGAUACUUGGCAAGAAGCUUUAGGGGGGCCUAGGGGAAGGUUUCCCCAGUACCAUGCUGCCUACAAUGAACUGAAGUCUGCUGGUGUGGAAUUUCCACCACGAGAGGAAAAUAGCGUACCAUUGUUCACCCCACCACAAACACAUCCAGUACAACCGCAUCCAGUAUCUAACCCUGCUUCUGCAUAUGAAGAAGCUGCUGUUCAGGCAUCUCUCCAGUCUCUUCAGUCUGAUGUUUCUGGACUGAGCUUGCCAGAAAUCCAAAAUGCAGAGAGACUUGCAGAUGUGUUAUUUGAAAUGCUUGGUGCCUUAAACCCCCAUGAUCAGAAGGGCGUGAAGGAUGAGGUGAUCGUUGACCUGGUUGAACAAUGUCGUUCAUACCAAAAGCGUGUCAUGAUUCUUGUGAAUAAUACUGUGGACGAGGAUCUACUUUGUAAGGGAUUAGCUUUGAAUGAUAUUUUGCAACGAGUUCUUUCUCGACAUGAUGAAAUUGCUGGGGGAAAACCUGCAGUUUCAGUGGCGACUAGAGAAACUCCGGUUGCUGCACCUCUUAUGAAUGUGAAUCAUGAGGAUGACGAGUCUGAAGAAGAUUUUUCUCAAUUAGCACACAGAUCAUCAAGGGAUACGUUGCAAGGACAUGGGCAGAAGCCAGAUGUUGCUAGGAGCGAACCCUUGCAGAUCAGCCGCAUUCUUCCUCCUCCUCCGUCAAGGAAACCAACUAGUGCAGACUCAGGAAUGGUUGAUUAUCUCAGUGGUGAUGUUUAUGAGACGGAACGAUUUUCUGGAGCAUCGGGAUCUAAACGUGCUGCUGUCCCAGACAAUUCAAACAACCGUAAUCUAGUCCGUCCCCCAAGUCCGACGCUAUCUUCCACCCCUCCUGAUGAUUUCAUUAAUCCCACAGCAUCAAUGUUUGCACCAAAACCUGCGUAUGAAGAGCCUGCUCGUACAAGCAAAUCUGCUGACCAAUUGCCUCCAGCUCCUUGGGAUGUACCAUCCCCAGAUGUCCUUCCACCUCCACCUUCUAGGCACAACCAGAGACAGCAGUUUUUCGAGGAAUCACCUGUUUAUGGUGGUGGCCCCUCUAAUUCGCGUAGUGGACCGAGUUCUUAUGAUGGCUUAGUUGGACAAACCCAGAAUCUCUCAAUCAAAUCUCCAGCCUCCUCUACCAAACAAGAAAAACAAGAAGAUGCCAUUUUCAAAGAUCUGCUUGAUUUUGCCAAAGCCAAGUCAUCGUCACCUAAACCUAAUAGGUCAUUAUAAGUGAGUAGUCAGUGCAGAUUAUCUUGUGUUGGUACAGAGUAAGCCUUGAUUUCUCAAUUAUUUCGUUGUUUGUUGAUCACCUUGAAGACUUAUGAAAUAAAUGUCAGGUUUUGAUUGUCAAUUGCCAACAUUAUGUUUUGUGGCUUGGAAUCUCCGUCCUGUAUAGUUAGUUGGUCCAUGUUGUAGCUGCGAUGAACAGCUUCCUGGAGACUUGUUUGCUUAUAUAUUUUGUUUUCUUUUUCUGACUUACAGGUUACUCUUGAUCUUAUGUCUAAUCGAUUGCAUUAUUUAUGUUCCAACAUAAAUUCUUGCGAUCUAAUUUGGUUAA